CCGAAAAGAGGUCGAAAAGUUCCGAAGCGCGCUCCGACGUUGCCAAUGGAUGCGCGGUGCAUUUCAAACAAAAUAUUUAUUCAUCAUGGCGUCCCAGAAAGAGUCGAGAAUUUCUCCUUUGCCUCCUCGUGCAAAAAGCGUGCCUUUAUUGAAGAAAUCUACCUCUUUGGAGGCGCUUUCUCCGACGAAUAAAGCAAACAGAAAGACAUCCGAGGAUUUGAACAAAACAAUGCCGACGCGAUGUGUCAGCAUGUUGGAUUCCAGUGGACCGGUGUUUGGUACGCCGUCCCACCCUUCUCCGCUGGACAAAAUUAGAACAUCAAAGAAGAAUCUGUUUUCAAGUGUGGAGUUAAGCCAAUCCAUGCCUGAUCAAAAAUGCUUUAUGAAUCGUAGCUUGCCAGAAAUAUGGCGGGAUAUCAAGAACAAGAAUGACGAGAUUAUUGAAGAGGAGGAUGGGGAGGUUAAGGAUGAACAAUGGACAGGAAAUGCCCUUCACAGCUUCAGUUUCGCUGCUGUCCCUUACAAAGGAAGUUUCUGCAACAUCCCCGAACCAGGAAAACUCCAGGCAUCCAUGAGUGCUUCCUGGCAAUUCUUCAACUACGUCAGCGGGGCUGCCACACCAACAACUGAACCAAUUGUUGUCCGUAAUCCAAACAAAGCUGUGUUAACAUUCAAUGCAAAAACCUCAGAAAUUCUAGUCGCCAAUGACGUAGCAUGUGACAUGUUUGCCUACACUCAUGAUCAGCUGAUUGGUAUGAAAAUGUCGAAAAUGUUCACAAAGAGCGACGAGGCACGACAGGAAGCAUUGGUUGAGCAGCACAUUGAAGAAAGCGGUGCUGUUGUCAUGGUUAGCGGCAAAGUGUUUGAGGCUGUGGACAGUAACAAUGUUGUGUUUCCUGUGUCGCUAUGGAUGAAGAAAGUGACUUGGGAUAAAGAGCCAAGAUGCAUUGCAGUCUUGGAGCCAGUUGAGAGGCAAACAGCGCACUUGGUAUUUGAUAGCGAGGGCACCAUCUUAGAAUGUGAUCAAAAACUUGCAAGUCUUUAUGGUUAUUCCUCACCUGAUGAACUGGUUAACAUCCACGUGAGACAACUCAUUCCUUCUCUCAUCCUGCCAGUUCCUGGUCAAACUAUUGAUAAAAAAACGAAGAAGCAGCAAGCUACUGGCAGGAUAAAAGAUGGUCCAGCAUUUCCUAUGAGUAUCUCAAUCAAGGAGAAUGAGAGUGAGAGGUUCACGUAUACUGGUGUAGUCUGGGUGUUUAGCAAUAUCAGUGGUCUAGUCAGUGUUCUUCCUAAUGGUGCGAUCUACAGCUGCAAUAAAAACUUCACAUUGACGCUGUUUGGUUACACAGACGAUGAACUGGUUGGCCAGCCCAUCACUCAGCUGGUUCCGGCAUUCUACGAUCAUAUGGAUCUCGUUGACGACAGCAGUAUGCCGUUUCCCCCUCUGGACGAUGAUGAUGAAGAAGGCGAGAUCAUGACCUCACGUUUAUCUGGCGUGGUCACUGGGAGAAAUUUCACUCCUAAAGAAAGUGCUGUGAUCUACUCCAGGGAGAUUGACUCACAGGCUAGCACGAAGAGUAAUGACGAAAAUGUUCAAGAGGAUGAAAUGAGAUUACGUUGUUACGAAGUUCAAUCACCUUCAGAAGAGCAGCCAGCAAGAAACUAUUUUAAAUUUACCUCAGGUGAUCUAGGAAAUCUAUCAAAGACCGCAGGAAGUAUCCAUCCCUCGGAGAUCGACAGUACUCGGGCAACACUCGGCGACAGUUCGCCAAGCACGAUCAGUCUGAGCAGUCUCAUGAACGCGGAAGAUGGCACCGAAGAACCUGGGGAGGAGAAUCUAGAAAAUGAUAAUGAAUGCGAGUUCGACGAAGAGGAUGAAAACGAGGCUCCAACUACAGAUUGUGAUGACACGAAAGAAACACCCCGCGCUGACUACAGUAAUGUCUGUACUCAUAAUGAUUCGCUCAAUGUUAACGAAGGAAGUGGUAGUGACCACGCGAACGUUAGCCCGACUGAUCAGGUUACACUCAAUGUUAUCGAACAAACUGAAGAAAACGAUGCCAGCCAUGGGGAUAUUCAAAGUGAACAUAACAGGACACCAGUGGCGACGAGGGGUAAUGAAGGACAUAGUGGGGAUUCCGUGCUCUCGUCAGGAGGUGCAUCACGUGACAGACCAGACAUGCUCCUUGAUCCAGAUAAAUCACCAGACGAGCCACUGGCUCUAUCGUCUCCGACCUCGCCGAGAGAUCACGACUCUGGCGUGUACACUGCCGAAGAUCUCUUUCGAGAUAUGUUGGCUAAACGAGGCAAAGAUCUCCAUGAUUCGAGACCAGGUUCCUCCGCCGAGACCGGGAGCACAGAUACAGAUACACAUCGUUCGACACCAAGCCGACCAUCCAGGCCUCGUUCUGAUGUGCUCACGUCAACACCUAAUAUGUCCAGCGCGGGAGAUACCCCUCACCUCCAGUCCCCCGUACAACCGAUAUGCGAGGGACUGUUUGUAGGUCGAGCUCAACACAAAGACGGAUCCUCGCUUGGACUGCUGUUUCAGAUUAAGAAAGUUGAACUCAAAGAUGGUCAGGUGUUGUUUUGUAUCUGGAUAUCGAAGGAUCCCGAGGACGAGGAUGGUGGACAGACUCAGGGAAAUCACACUUUAGGAUCAAGUCACAACAGCCUGUUUGUCUCUUCUGUCGGGGGUAUUAAAGAGCUUAGUCAGUCCAUUAGUGAACUCAGUUUAAAAGAUCAAAACUCUCCUGGAAGAGGCAGAUACGAUGAACGAUAUCUUACGUUGGAUUCGAUUGGUAAAGGAGCGUUUGGUUUUGUUAAACUCGCAAAAAGAAGGUCGGAUAACCGUGAGGUUGUCGUGAAGUUUAUUCGGAAAGACAAGGUUCUGAAAGGUUCUUGGAGAGACGAUCCUGUGCUGGGAACAGUUCCUUUUGAAAUAUCUCUGCUUUCAAAACUAAAACACCCAAACAUUGUCAAGUUGAUAGAUGCGUUUGAGAACGAGGAUUUCUUCCAGUUGGUGAUGGAGAAACAUGGUGGGGGUAUGGACAUGUUUGAGUUCAUUGACAGACAACCAAAUAUGGACGAAGCCUUGGCGAGUUAUUUGUUUCGACAGGUUGUGGAUGCUGUGGCAUACAUGCAUUCAAAGAAUAUCCUCCAUCGUGAUGUGAAGGAUGAAAACGUCAUUUUAGACGAAUCGUUUACGGUCAAACUGAUUGAUUUUGGUUCAGCUGCCAUGAUGGAAGAGGGGAAAUUAUUCUCGACGUUUUGUGGCACGAUGGAGUAUUGCUCUCCGGAAGUUCUCCUCGGCAACAAGUAUCGCGGCCCGGAGUUAGAGAUCUGGUCCAUGGGUGUCACCCUCUACACUUUGAUCUUUGGGGAGAACCCAUUUUACGAUGUCGAGGAAACAAUUCGAUCUGAACUUCAUCCGCCAUUCUCCGUUUCACAAGAUUUGAUGUUCCUCAUUUGUUGGAUGCUCCAUCCUGAUCCAAAUUUCCGCAUCAUCAUGCAAGAUCUUCUACGAAAUCCGUGGCUGACGCAACCCGUCGAUAUUCACCUGUACAGCUUCACCAGUGUUGUUGGUGGUGUUGAAGAAAAUCUCCAGGACAUAUUGGAUGAAGAGCGAGCAAAAUUGGAGCAACAAGACCUUGAUUUGAUGCCUGCUGCUGCAGGAGAUCAUGAACACAAAUAUCUACAAGCAGCUUAUCAACAGUAUCUUGAAUCAGUUGAUGAUGAUGAUGAAAGUUGAUAGAAAUGUAGAAAUAUUAAAUUGAGAAUAUAAUGUAUUUAGAAAACUAUGUAUAGUGUAAGUAUAGAAAAAAU